GCGAAGGGUCUGAAUAGAAAUCUCAGACUCUCAUCCCCGUCUUCCUCUUCCUUCUGCUCCUCUGCUUCUCUCUUCUCUUCCCCAAUUCCCCCUCAAACCCUAGCGACCGAUCCGCGAGUUCCCUCCGGCGGCGGCGCCGCCGCUCCGAUCGCCCGCCUCUCCGUCAGCCCCAGCCCGCCGUUCGCGCCGCGGCAGCGGUCCAUGGAUUUCCGCUUCAGCGCCGGCGACCGCGGGCCGCCUUUGCCGCCGCCGUUGGAGUGGCAGGCGGUGCCGCGAGAGCUCAUCAUUCGCGAGGAGGUGACGCGGCGGCUCACCGAGGAGUGGGCCAAGGGCGACCCCGCCUUCGCCCGCGGCCUCAACGAGGGGUUCGGGCCCGGCCCGUUCUUCGCCCCCGAUCGCUUCAUGCCGCCGCCGCCGCCGCACGCGCCGAUGCCGUUGCCGGUGCCGAUGCGCCCGCUCCCGCACGCGCCGCCGCCGGUGCCUUUCGAGGAGUUCGGGGCCUGGCAGGGGUUCGGGCGUCCCCUGCACGCGGGGUUUGGGGAAAGGACGCGGUUUCUCUUCGGGGCGAAGUGGGGGUCUACGCCGCCGCCAGACCCGAAGCACAAGCUCAAGCUGCUUGAGGUCGAGCCCUCCGGGAGACCCGAGGCUCUUUCACCAAAGGUUCCAAUGAUGAAGAGCAAAGCAGAUGCAAAUGUUGCAACUACUGUACCAAAGAAAGUACAGAAACUAGCCGAGGACUGGAGCUGUGCACUAUGCCAGGUUAGUGCACCGUCUGAAGCUGGUCUAAAUGAGCAUCUUGGAGGAACAGAGCAUAAGGCGAAGUUGGCACAAUGUAGCGUCAGCAAGGCGACCAAAGAUGACAAAAACUGCUUGCAGACGACCACUGGGAAUGAGAGCAACACAGAUCCUUGUGAUGCACCUAAGAAAAUAUGCAUGCUAGUAGACAGUGCAACAUGUGAAGCUGGUCUAAAUGAGGAUCUUGGAGGAAGAAAACAUAAGGCGAAGUUGGCACAAUGUGGCGUCAGCAAGGCGAUCAAAGAUGACAAAAACUGCUUGCAGACGACCACUGGGAAUGAGAACAACACAGAUCCUUGUGAUGCACCUAAGAAAAUAUGCAUGCUAGUAGAUGGUGAAAUGCAUGAAGUUGUUCGGAAGAACAACUAUCUGUGGUGUGAUCUCUGCAGAGUCAGGUGCGAUAGUAACAGCAUCAUGGCUGGCCAUCUGCGUAGCAAGAAGCACAGUAAAUUAAACAAGGUUUCGACGUCGAUAAAGGCUGUGAGGACAAAUACCGAUACUAAGGAAGGUUUGACUUCUUUUGGAAGUCAGGUAAAUACAAACGGCUCUACUGAAAUUCCAGCGGUAAUUGAAGGCGACAUAAAUAUGACCACCAAAGUAGAUGAAAGUGGCCCUGUAGAAAAUCCAGUCCAGAAAGAAAUCCAUCCGUUGAGCAAGAAGCACAGUAAAUUAAACGAUGGUUGGACAUCGAUAAAGGCUGUGAGGACAAAUACCGAUACUAAGAAAGAAAUCCAUCCGGGGAGCAAGAAGCACAGUAAAUUAAACGAUGGUUGGACAUCGAUAAAGGCUGUGAGGACAAAUACCGAUACUAAGAAAGAAAUCCAUCCGGGGAGCAAGAAGCACAGUAAAUUAAACAAGGUUUCAACAUCGAUAAAGGUUGUGAGGUCUAAUACCGAUACUAAGGAAGGUUUACCUUCUUGUGGAAGUCAGGCUCUUUCAUCAAAUCCAAAGGUUCCAAUGGUGAAGAGGAAAGCAGAUGCACAUGUUGCAACUACUGUGCCAAAGAAAGUACAGAAACCAACCAAGGACUGGAGCUGUGCACUAUGCCAGGUUAGUCGACCAUGUGAAGCUGCUCUAAAUGCGCAUCUUGGAGGAACAAAGCAUAAGGCAAAGUUGGCACAGUGUGGCGUUAGCAAGACGAUCAAAGAUGGCAAAAACUGCUCACAGAUGACCACUGGGAUUGAGAGCAGCACAGAUCCUUGUGAUGCACCUAAGAAAAUAUGCAUGCUAGUAGACGGUGCAAUGCAUGAAGUUGUUCGGAAGGACAACUACCUGUGGUGUGAUCACUGCAGAGUCAGUUGUGGUAACUACGCCACCAUGGCUUGCCAUCUGCGGUGCAAGAAGCAGAGUAAAUUAACCAAGGUUUGUUCAUCGAUAAAGGUUGUGAGGACAAAUACCAAUACUAAGGAAGGUUUGCCUUCUUCUUUUGGAAGUCAGGUAAAUACAAACGGCUCUACUGAAAUUCCAGUGGUAAUUGAAGGCGACAUAAAUAUGACCACCGCAGUAGAUGAAAGUGGCCCAGUAGAAAAUCCAGUCCAGAAAGAAAUACAAAGAAUGGCCACCAUAUGGGCAAUGUUUUCUUGUUAAGUUUCUUAGAUACUGGUAAUCAAGGUAGGAAUCUUGCAAGUUUACGAAUCGAGUUCAACAGAUGGCUUAUAAGGUAUCUAAGUUGAUUACUAGUGUCUAAGCAACUUUGCAAGAGAAGCAUUGCUCCCUGGACAUGUCUUUCACAUGGAGAUGACUUAUUUAUGUAGAAUGCCCAGUUUGAACUUUGCCUAAGCUGCUUCUGUUGUAGUUUUAGCCAGUUUUGAUUGUCGCCCUCUGUUUAAGUUAAUGUGAGUAGGUGGGACGGGUUGAGCUGGUGAUGAGUAGGGUUUCCCUGAGUGCUAACCUGACUCGUUUGUAAUUUGUUUAGGUCUUUUAGGUGUGGCUCAGGUUUGCUUU